AUGGCAUGCUUCUUCAGACUGGUAUCGAAGGAUGAGUCAAUCAAUGAGAUCCAACAGGAUUUCCAGGAAUCUGCAAAGGAGCUGGCUGCUCUCCGUGGAACACUGAAAACAGUAACGGAGGAGAGGGACCUGUCGUGGCAGGAAGCAAAGCAGCUGAGAAGAAACAUCAGCAUCAUGCAGAACGAGGUUGUGUCGCUGAAGAAGAAGAUCGAAGCCCUGGACGAAGGAGGGGCAGAUCACGAUAUUGCAGGACAGCAUCGACAAGCCGUUCGACAUCAUCUGCAGCCCAAGGUCGAUGAGGGAGUUCGACAUGGCGUGAAGACGGCUGCUGUGUCACAGAUGAAGUUCGUGUUACAACUGAGACUUUCAGAUAUGACGUGCUUUUUUUUUUCUCAAAGACAGAGAGAUGCUUGUGAAUAG